AUAUGAAAGUGAUUUUUUGGAAACAAAUCAGCACGAAUGUUUGAAUGCAUUGACAGAUUUGGAAAGAGCCGUAUCCUCAUCAUUCAAAAGAGUAAUUGUAUUUGGCAAGGGUAGUAAAUCCGUGCCAAUAUUAUUUACUAAACAGAUGCAAAAUUUUGUAGACGCAUUACUAAAAAUCAGAAAAACAACAGAUAUUGUGCCACGAUCAAAUAAAUACGUUUUUGCCAAUCCCGGAUCAGCUGAUCGAUGGAUAAAUGGGAGUUUAGUUUUGAGAAAACUUGCACAUAAAUGUGGAGCUAAAAAUCCUGAAUACCUCACGAGUACAAGGUUGCGGAAACAAAUUGCAACUAUAUUGCAGGUAAUCAAUUUUGAAAAAAAUGAAAUUGAACAGAUGGCAAAAUUUAUGGGACACACGGAGAAAACUCAUUUAGAGUUUUACAGGCUUCCAGAAGAUGUGUACCAAACUGCCAAAGUUGCAAAAGUUCUUCUUUUGAUGAAUGCAGGAAAAGGUGUGCAAUUCAAAGGGAAAAAACUGGCAGAUAUAGAGUUGACAGAAAAUGAAUAUUUUGACGAUGACGAAGUAAAUACAAAAGACUCCAAUGAAGAAGAGGAUAAGGAACCGGUUCAUAUAGAUAAUAUAAAUACUGAAAAUAUAGAAACAGAAAAUACAAAAACAGAAAAUAUAGAAACAGAAAAUACAGAAACAGAAAAUACGCCACUUCAGAAUGAUGCAAAUAUUUCUACUGAAAAUUUCAUUAAAACAAAAAUGCGUCACUCUUGGACGCAAAAGCAGAAGCAAGUAGUUUUAAAAUCAUUUAAAAACCACAUCAAAGAAAGGAAAUUGCCAAAAAAAGACGAAUGCUUAAAAUUAAUGAAUGAGAAUAAAACAUUAUUUAAAGGCUUAGAUUGGUCCAAAAUCAAGACACUGAUAUAUAACACAUACCGUAUUAAAAAUUUGUAA